AUGUCUACCACAAUAUUAUUAUGGCUAAUGUUUAAUACCUUAAUGAUGGUGGCUAUGCAUCAAAUUCCAAUUGUUAUACAUGUUGGUGGUGAUUAUUCUGUGGCCACUAAUAUGACUGGAUUUCCAUACAAACCAAUAUAUGGUUUACCUGAUCAUUUGAAUUGUGCACAUGAAUUACGGAAAGAAUUUUAUGAAUGUGAAAAUUAUGCAAAACAAUCGUGGCUAAUUACAUUGGAUGAAUAUUUUUAUCCAACACAAAAAUUCUGCUGUUUUGUGUGGCAACAAAUGGAAUGUGAAAUACCGGUGGCAAGAAAAUGUCAACAACAACAAUAUAGUGAAUUGAUUGAACAGAAAACAUUACAAAUGUUUGAACAAAUUUGUCAAUCAAAAAGUUUUGGCCGUUCAAGUUUUUUCUGUUGGUUUACCGAAGAUAGAAAAGACAUUUGUAUUAUUGUUGCAAUUGCUCUUAUCCUGAUGAUGAUUGUUGGUUGUAUAAUUGGAUGUAUAACAAAACGUUUUAAUAGUAGUAAUAUAGUGGGUGGAAAAAAUCUGGAAAAAAUCGGUUUUCCUGUCAAAACGUUAAAACAACUACCACCACCACCACCACCAUCAUCAUCGACGACGACGACGACAGUUGUUGAACCAACAACAACAGCGAUGAAUAUAGUAGCUAAGCCGCCGGUAAUAACGAAAACAGCAAUGCCCACCACCGUAAUAGAACUAGGAACGAAAGGUGUUCAUGGAACGACGACUUUGAAACCAACUUUGCAUAGAAUGGAGAAUAUUCCAAAACUAACAUCAUCGACGAAAACAGUGGUGAAACCGAUGGUGGAAAUGGUGGUGGCUAGGCCGCCAUCGGCAACAAUUGUCAAACCAACAAUCACCACUGUAGGAGGAGCGGAAAGUGUUCAUGGAACGACUUUGAAACAAACUUUAUAUAGUACAAAUACCAUUGAGAAUAUUCCAAAACCAACAACAUCGGCGGCAACAUUGGUGAAACCAACGGUGGAAAUGGUGCCUAGGCCGCCAUCGCCGCAUGCGACAACAAUUGUUGAACCAACGGUGAAAAUGAUGCCUAGGCCGCCAUCGCCGCAUGCGACAACAAUUGUUGAACCAACGGUGGAAAUGGUGGCUAGGCCGCCAUCGCCGCAUGCGACAACAAUUGUUGAACCAACAGUGGAAAUGGUGCCUAGGCCGCCAUCACCGCAUGCGACAACAAUUGUUGAACCAACGGUGGAAAUGGUGCCUAGGCCGCCAUCGCCGCAUGCGACAACAAUUGUUGAACCAACGGUGGAAAUGGUGCCUAGGCCGCCAUCACCGCAUGCGACAACAAUUGUUGAACCAACGGUGGAAAUGAUGGCUAGGCCUCUAUCACCGCCGAUGACUACAGCCUUAGAAUCUGUUCCUGAAACAAUUCCACAAUUUUCCGAAUCCGAUCAACCAAGAAUGUUGACAGAAGCUGAAUAUGAAGAAUUUUUAUCAUUACCUGAAAUUCCGCUAAAUUGGAAUCCAGUAUUACCGAAAGUACCAAAAGUGAAGGAGCCAUUAAAACAGAUAGAGCUAUCGAUUUAUAGCAAAAUUAAUAGACAUCAUGUACCGGAAAUACGUGGAUGGAAACCAUCAUUGUCGACAAUACCAGAAGAACCACCAACAGGUAAACAACGAUAUCGAAAAUUAUUUAGACGAACGAAACCAAAAAAAAUCAUAAAGAGUAAAAUUUUCGGAAAUUCACCACCAUCAUCAUUAUCACCAAAACGAUCAACGACGACGGUGGGAGGUAAACCAGGAUCGAAACUCAAAAUCACCAGCCCAUCAAAAAAAACCAUAAGUAAAAUUUCGGGAAAAUCACCAUCAUCAUCAUCGAUGGUACCACAACAACAACAGCAAAAUAUGACGGAACAACCAAUUACAUUAACCUAUGGUAGAGGCAAGUUUGUGACACAAAUAACAUCAAAUGUUUCACAACUACCAUCGGCUUUUAAUUUUGAUGCAACCAAAUUUGAUUAAAAUCAAAUUAUUAGAUUACA